AUGUGCGAUACCAAUGGGAGCCGUAGUAAUCAAUGUGCCUUCUCCCGGCAGAGGCCGAUCGUGGUACAAACGACCGCACGGCCUCUCAUUGCCGCCGGAGCUUCUAUCGCUAGGAAUCACGGGGCAAAGCGGACACCCGUGAGGCGUGGCAUCUUCGGUUCAGGCUGGAAGUCACACCACAAUGCGGGACUAAACCAGGCACCCAAGACCGAAGCACGCCUGGUCGACGAAUGCACUCCCCGAAGCCAUAUCUCCUCAGGAGCAGACAGCCCGCUACUCCCUCCUCUGAGGCUCCCGCGAGCCCGCAGAAGCAAGCGCCCUGAUGCCAGCCACAGCGACCCAGCCAACGACAGCCACCGUCACAGCCAGCCUCAGCUCCCUCGCGACGCCGACGAUGGAGGGGCUGAUGGUCAGCGUGUGCACGUGGUUUAUGGCGCCCGAGUGCUCGGCCGCGAGGGCGAAUGA